AUGGGAAAGUACAGACUUAAAGGACUGAUUGGAGAAGGAGUGUCUAGCACGGUGUAUAAAGGCGUUUCUGAGGAGGAAAAAGAGGUGGCGGUGAAGGUUGUUCCGAAAGAAAGGAUGAGCAGAUGGAUGGCAAAGAGGGAGAUAGGCAUACUUGGAAUAGCUAGGCAUGAAAAUGUGAUUGAACUGAUUGAUUAUUUUGAGACGGCAAGCCAUGUGUGUUUGGUGGAAGAGUUGUGUGAUAUGAAUCUUGUUGGGUUUUUGAACGAGUAUGAGGUUGAUGAGCCUGUGGCAUUGAAGACGUUGAGGAUGAUAUUGUGUGGGGUGGAGCACAUUCACUCGUUAGGAAUAAUGCAUAGGGACUUGAAGCUAGGAAAUAUUCUUUUGAAGGGAAAUACAGCGAAGAUAUGUGACUUUGGGCUUUCCUGCUAUUUGGAUGAGAGUGACGGGCGAUUAUGUGGGACAGCUGAUUAUAUUGCGCCUGAGAUGACGAGUGGAGGCGGGUAUUCGCUUGGGGCAGAUAUGUGGUCUGUGGGAGUUAUAUUUUAUGCGCUUUUGACGAGGAAGAAGUACAUGAAAGGAUCUGCAAUGCCGAUGUGUUCGCCGAGUGUGACGGACCUGCUUGGGAGACUGUUGGAGAUUGAUGCAUGCAAGAGGAUUUGCGCAAAGGAAGCAUUGAUGCAUGAAUGCUUUGCUAGAUUUAUUCCCAGCUUUCAAGAUUUUCGCUGUCUGUUUGACUUUGAAAAGAGCACCAAGCAUGGAACGGUCAGGAAGAGCGGAGGAUUUGUUGAGAUGGGAGAUGUCAAAGUGGCUGCGCAAAUGCAAUGUAAGGGAGGAGGUAGGCACGGAAUGGCCGAAUGCAUGUGUGGACAAGGAUUUGAGUAUGUAGUGUGUGUGAAUGGGCGAGAAAUUGAGCCCGCGAUAGUUACGAAUGGAAAGCUAAAGACAUUGAGCUUGAUAGCAGCAUACAUCAAGAUUGCUAUGCAAAGGACGGCAAAGAUAGUCAUAAACGAUGAAGGAGUGAAGUUUAGUUACAUGUUUUCGGGAGACUUUUUGUAUAGCGAUUGCAGAAAAGGAAGCAUUCUGAGGGGAACUGGAGGAAUGCAUGAAAUGAAUGAUGGCCUGGGCCGGAAGUACAGUUAUUGGGAUGUGCCGCGAGAUUUACGUGAUAAGGUUUGUGAGCUGAUGCAAAGAAGCAAGAAGAUAGAUGAUGAGGUGUGCUGGUUUUCACGAAGACAGCCUAUUCUUGUGGAUUGUCUUUCUCAGCAGCAGUUGUCGAUGUCCAUGUCGAUGUCCUGGGCAGCUGAGGCAAGCGAGAUGAAUAUUAGAAGCGAAAGCAGGUACUACUAUGCUCCAGGUGUUGGAUGGUGUGUUAGGAAUGGAUUUUCGCUUGUUUUUCUUUUUGUUGAUGGAGAGAUGGUUGAGGUUGAGUGCUUGGAUUUGGCAGUAAGGAGUGGAGAGCAGAUGCUUGCGAUUGGAGACGACCUUCCGCUACAGUUAAAGUGCAGUUUAAAAAGAGUAUUGCCGUUGAUAAUGAGAAUGAUGUGA